AUGGGGAGAAGGAAGAAGAAGGCGGCGGGAAGCUCUGAACCCGAGACAGUCACGCUUCCAAUUUCUGGUAUCACUGAUUCCACUCACGUUAAUGGAGAUUCAGGUUUUUCCAUCUUUAACGACAAUGGAAAUGAGCCUUUAAUUGCAUCUCCAUAUCCAGCUUCUUCAGUUCAGAACAGUUCUGUGCAAACUCCACCGGUCACCGAUGAAGCCGGAGAAGUCAACGGAGGUGACGACGGAGAUCGCGGAGAAAUUAAUGCUGCAGGUGAUGUUUCUGCUUCUGAGCAAACGAAGCUCGAUGAAGGCUUCUUCGAAGUCGAAUCUAUUCUGCGGAAAAGAGUUCGUAAGGGACAGCUUCAGUACCUCGUCAAAUGGCAUGGCUGGCCAAAGACAGCCAAUACAUGGGAACCCUCGGACAAUCUCCAAUCGUGCUCUGAACUUAUUGAUGAAUUUGAAGAAAGCUCGCGAUCAGGAAAGCAGCGGAAGCGCAAGCGCAAGGUUGGAGGCGUCGAAAAUCAAUCUCGUGAGAAAGAACGGCAUCACAAUUUAGCUACAAAUAAUGUCACGGAUAUAGUUAUCAGUACUGUGGAUGAUUGUAUAUCGGCCGCUCCUUUGAACAUAAAAAUCCAUUGUGAUCUUCCCACUCCUCAAGCACCUAUAGAUGUUGAAAAUGGUCAUAUGGAAGGGACAUUUUAUGGAAGUAGAAAGAGAGACGAUCAUGAUCUGAAACUCAGUGAGCUCAAGGCAGCAAUGUCUGCCAAUAUGGUUGACUCUGAUAAAAAAGCCGUGGCUUCUAACGAUCUCGUCCUUGUUUAUGAUGUUUCCAAGGUCGAUUGCGUGGUGGGUUCCAAUCAGGAAAGUCACUCCAUUGGAGCCAAGAGAAGGAAAUCUAGUAGGGUGAAAAGGUUCGCUAAGGAUGCAGCCUUGUCUGAAGACUCCGAACAAGGAUUAAAACGAAAUGCAUCGACUCUAAGCAUUGAGCCGACUGAUCGAAACGAAGAAUUGGAACUCGAGAAUCCUAGUUUGUCAGGCCACUCCAGAAAAGUAUCUGAUAUCACAAGGAUUAUCAAGCCUGUUGGCUAUUCAGUUUCAGUAUCAAAUGGCAUUCCAGAUGUGACCGUCACCUUCUUGGUUCUGAGGUGCGAUGGAAAAGAACUGACGGUGAGUAACAAAUUUCUCAAGACUAACAAUCCACAUCUGUUGAUUAACUUCUAUGAGCAACAUCUCCGAUAUAAUCCAACAUCAUGAAAGAGCUGCAUGUGUUUCUGGCCUCCAUCAUCAUCUUCAUGGUUUGCAAGCUGUAAUUUUGUAGCUUUAGGACAUUCAAUGGAAUACAACAUGAAUUCUUCGUAAUUUUUUCAAGAAAUCUGUUAAGAGGUUCUACAGGUUUUUUUCACUGUUGCAAUUCACUAUUCAACUGAUCUUAUCUGCUAUCCUGAUGCUGAGUGUUGAAGGAGCUACGGGAUGAUGCUUCUUUAUCAGCUUGAUACAGGUUGCUCGGGUUGGCAUCCAAUCCUACCUAUAUUGUCGAUAUCACAAUAAAAAAAACUGUAAUUCUGUAGCCCUCAUCAUUGAUCAACUAAUAUUUUGACCUUCGUAAAAGCAUUAAAAGGGUCAGGUUUAUCCAAAGUCAUCUCCUAUCACCAAAAAAAUAGCCUUUCUUCCUCAAUAUCACUCAUCUGCAGCCCAGAUUCUGAUUCAGACAGAGCUAAUGGGACAUACUGCAGGGCCAUCACCUAUUGUACCUUGCAUCAUAGUUGGAUUUCUGGGGAUGAUAAUAUUUUGGCCAACUCUUCUAUCCAUCUGGGAGAGUGUAGAGUCUCUACUUGAACUGGGUACUUGGGUUGCAGUAAUUCUUGUUUUCCUCUUACUACUCGUACACUUGCUUUCUUUUUUCUUUCCUGUUCUUCAUGUUUCGUCCACUUUUGCAGUUCACCAUAACAGCACCCCUGGCUAUGAUUCUGAUGGAUUCGGUUUCGGGUCAGGAACAUUGUUUCUAGGUCUUCUCUUCCUCGUCCUCUAUAAUUUGUUGUAAUCUUGGUCUAGUAUUAGCAAACUGUAGUUUCUUCUUAGCACUUCCACCUCUGCUUUCGUAUACAUAUUCGGUAGCCUUUCCAAAAAGUCAAAAGUUUAAAUC